CGCCAAGCCAAAAUUUUGAAGUUUACAGUAAAUCCGUACAUUCUCUCUCGGUGUCCUCGACCCGUCAAGGUUGUCCGAUACAAAACGAGCCGACAUGCGGAUUGUCCGCGAGCUAGCUCGACAUCACUACCCAUGAAGAAUCGAGAACAGCCAGGACCAUUCCAAUAACACGACGAAGCCCCUCUUCCUCUUUCUCUUCCCCCUAAAAAUUACCACCACGACCAUAAUAAAGGUAGCCCGCCAUGGACGCAGCCGCCCUCCUCAAAGCCCAGGGAUGGCGGGGCAAGGGCUUCUCGCUGCACCCGACCAACAACGCCAUCGGGCUGUCGAAGCCGCUCCUCAUCUCGCGCAACACGGACGGCCGCGGGAUCGGGCAGAACAAGCAUUACACCAGCGACCAGUGGUGGCUGCACGCCUUCGACCAGAAGCUCAAGGGCCUCGACACGUCCAAGAAGGGCACCGUCGUGCAGUCGGUCACGCAGGGCAAGCUGGACGCCGUCGCGAGCAGCCAGCCCAAGGGGAAAUACACGGGCGCGAGGGGCCUGUACGCGUCGUUUGUGCGGGGCGGCAUGCUGGAGGGCACGAUCGAGGUGAACGUCGUGGCGGACGGUGCGGCCACGACCGGCACGGCGACGGGCGAGUCCACGGACGCGACGCCCGCGACGUCCGACGACGGGAGGAGCGAAGAGUCCGUUUCCAAGAAGGAGAAGCAGAGCGAGUCAAGAGAGGAGAGGAAGGCCAGGCGGGCGGCCAGGAGGUUACGCAAGGCGGAGAAAGCCGCGAGAAAGGCGGCCGAGGCUAGGGCGGCGCAGAAGGCCGCGGAGAAGGCUGCGAAGAAGGAGCUGAAGAGGGCGAGGAAGGCGAGCGAGACAAAGGAAGAGAGGCGGGCCAGGAGAGCAGAGAGGCGGGCACGGAAAGAGGAAAGGAGGAGGAAACGGGCGGAGGCUGCGCAAAAAGCCGACCAAGGAUGAAAGGGCUCGGACUGAAGAUUCAAAAGGCUAAUAUGUUCCCCCUUCGGCGCGAGCCGACUGGUGGCUCUUAUCACUAGGCGCCGCUUCCUGAUGCUCGAGCUCCCUACAGCGCACUUGGAUGGGCGUGUGCCGGU